AUGAUAAUCUUCUUGCUUCUUCUGGUAUCAGCGCUUGGAAAAUUGAUCUCAAACACACUUACUCUGGCUCCAGAUAGCAAAUGAAAAUACAUAACAAAGUUUGCAUGCGAUAUAGGGCGUGGGGAGUGGGAAAUGAAGGCGAAAUUUUUAAAAGUAUUAAAUGACACAUAUUCUAAUUGCCGAGGAUGGCGCAAUCUUGCGCCAUCCUCGGGCAAUUUAAAAAAUGGCCCCACACCGGGAAUCGAACUCUCGUGUGGGGCCAUUUUUGGUGCGUGGAAGUCGAUGUUCUCCACUAACCAAAAAUGGCCCCACACGCGGGUUCAAUUCCCGGUGUGGGGCCAUUUUUGAAUUUGCCGAGGAUGGCGCAAGAUAGCGCCAUCCUCGGGCAAUUACUAUAUCCACAAAAUGUAAACUUGCUGGCCACUGUUUAUCUUGACGAUAAUUGGGAUGAGGUUAUUAAUGAAGACGAUUGCAAUGAAAAACUUAAAGUCGCGAAGAGAAAUAAACAGAUUUCUAUCCCAACUAAUGGAGAUUGGUCGGAGCAAAUUACAGGUGCUGUGUCCCAGAAGCAAAGCCCUCAUGUAUGGUAUUUUGCGAUCUCUGACUGUGAUAAUGUUUUAAAUGACAAACAAAGGAUCAGAGUUGAGAUGCAUCUUACGAAUGCAGAUGGAUCUGAGUUCUCAGUAGAGCGUAAAGGUCUGGACUAUUUUUAUCCUAUGCUUUUGUUUAUCUACUUGCUAACCCUAUCAGGGAAUAUGAUGAGACUAAUUAGGAUGUUUAGAAAAACAGAUGAUUUAGAGACAAAUUUAGUUAUUUUUAACAUUGCGAUUGCUUCACAAUUUUCAGGGAUUUUUUGUCAAAUUUUGCAUUAUUGGAUUUACUCAUAUAACGGAAAAGGCUUUUCAGUUCUAGAUUUUCUAUCCCAAGCAUUUGAAUUGAUAGCUACAAUGCUAAUCACUAUAGAACUGAUUAUCAUGGCAAAUGGAUGAACGAUCAAGUACAAAGAUUUCCCAGAUCCUGAUAUCUAUAUCCCGAUUUCACUAAUAGUAGUAAUGUUUAAUCUUUUGAUUGUAGGACUUGGACGCAUCACUGACGAUAGCUAUUAUAAAUUCAGUGAUUAUGAAGGCAUUCCUGGAUACCUGCUAAUGAUAAUCCGCAUUGGUAUAUGGAUAUGGUUUCUAUAUUUGAUAAAAGGGCUUUACUCUAGUGCAAAUGCAAAGGUGAAAUCUUUUAUUUUAUCAUUCAGCAUCUUAGGUUCUAUUUAUUUACUUUCUCUACCUAUUGUAGUUUUCUUUUCUUGGAUUUUUGUUAGCUAUGUCAGAUCAAAAGUGGUAACUAUAGGUUUAUCCCUAAUCCAAGUUGCAAUAUUCUUUUUAUUUACACACCUUUUCAGCGAAAAGAGUUCGUUUUAUAAGAUCUCCACGAUGUCGCAGAGUGUUCUUCCAGGAAAAUAUAUUCUAAACAAAUUUUUUGCUCGCUCAUUUUAAAACUUAAAAAAUUUUGAUAAGAAAAAUAAAGAAUUUAAUUAAUCCCCGCAUGAUAAAAAAUUGCCAGAGGUAUAACUAA